AUGACUAACACACGAAAUACAACACUCCAACAAAUCUAUAGCAAUGAAAUGGAGAAUGAAUGGCAAACCGAUGAACAAUUACAGGAGCUUCAAUUUAGGAAAAUGUCACUGGAAAAUGAUAAACAAAUCGCCAAAGAUGAGGAACAGGCAGUGCAAUGCCUAAUUGCAGAAUUGAAACGAAAUGCUGAAGAACACAAAGCAGAAUUACGUCGACUUGAUGACGAACUAAAAAGACUUAAAAAUGAUAUUGAACGGCUUGAACAAGAUAUUAAUGCGUUACACGACGAACAACAACGACUGGAGGAUCAACGAAGACUACAACAGCAAGAACAAGAUCGAUUACUAGAACAAUUACGAAUCAACGAAGAAAAACUCGAACAACUUCAAGAAAAAUUACAUGAGCUCGAAGAACAAAAGAUUCGUCUCGAAGAACAACGUGAACAACUUGAACAACAGCGACAACAGAUAGAAAAAAAUAUCCAAGAACUCACUCAACAGAUUCAACAAAUAGAACAUCAAUUACAAGAAUUACAAAUGCGUUUAAAUCAAUUACAGCAAGAAAUUCGCCGACUCGAACAGGAUAUUGAACGCUUAAAAGAUGAAAUACAUCAACUUGGGGACCAAUUAGUUGCAUUCGAAAAGCAAAGAGCAGAAAUCGAACAAAAAAUGCGUGAUAAUGAGUUGAAUCGUGAUCGUCUUCAAGAAGAAGCAAAUAAAAUUGAAGAUAUGAUUCGACGUAUUGAUCAACUAAUCGAUAUGAAACGGAAUCGAGAAAAAGAACUCCAAGAGCUCAUGCGAAGGCUACAGACAGAAGCAAACGAAGCCAAACAACGAGUAGCUCAAGCUACACAAGAGCUCAAUGCUGCUGAACAAAAGGUCAAGUCACUUCAAGCGAUGACUGAACGUCUUCAAAAUGAAUUGGACAUUCUUCAGCAGACGCUUACUGAAGGAGAACAACUCGUUCAUCAACUGUUAGGACAACGACAUCAACUGGUAAAUAAUAUCCAAAUAAAAAGACGCGAACGAAAACAACUUGAUCAAGAAAAACAGGAUAAAAACCAGCAACUCGAGCGCAAGAAUCUUGAAUUAAAUCAAGCCAUUCAACAACAUGAAGCACUUACUCAACAAAUUAAUACUCUUCAAAAAGAAUUGAAAAACCUGCAAGAAACUCUAAAUCGACUAAAUAAUGAGCGUCAACAAUGUGCAACACAAUGGCAACAAGAGAAACAAAUUCAACAACAACUCGAACAAGAACUACGUGCUGAAGAGCAACGACAACGAGAAGUUGAAAAAGAAGUUCAAGAGCAAGAACAACUCGUAAGAGCAGCCGAGCAAGCUUUGCGUGAGAGUGAAUCUCGAGAAGCAGCUGCUCGUGCCGCUGAACAACAAGCUCAAGCUGACGAAGCUCAGGCCCAGGCCAAUCUUGAAAGUGCUGCAGUCGAAUUGCAGGCAGCAGAAACCGAAUUACAAUCGGCAUCCGCUCCAUCUGACGAAAAUCAAAAUCAAGCUGCCAUUGCUGCCGCUCAAGCUCAUGUAGCACAAUGCCGAAGCAUGGUUAGUCAGUGUCAGACUGUUCUGCAAGAACGUACACGAAUCCAUCAACUAAAACAACGAGAACAUAUUGCUGCUCAAGAAAAAACAGCGCAAAGUCGAGUACAACUUCAACAAGCUCAACAAACUUUACAAACAAAGCAACAACAAUUCGAAACUCAAAAGCAAAAAGUCAUACAAAGUAGAAAUAAAGUCGAAAAACAAAAAGUCACGGUCAAUCAAAUUCAAAAUAAACUAGAUCAAUUGCAAAAAGAAUGUCAACAAGUCGAUCAACAGGUCAAAAGUAAGGAUCAAGCAGUACGAAAGAUACAAUCUCAACUUGAACGUCAAAAUCAAACGAUUCAAGUAAUCAAAAGUGAUGUUCAAGAACUAAAACAAUUGAUUACACAAUUCAGACAAAGAAUUCAACAAACAGACACCGAAAUAGAUAAACUAGAACAGAAGACACAUGACAUCGAUCAAAAAUAUACAGCUACAUUAGCUGAAAAUGCAAGAACUAUGGCAAAGCAAAAGAAUAAACUUGUUGAACAACAACAUAAUGAACAAAAUAUUCGACAACAAAUGGUUAUUAUUCAAGAGAAAAAAUCUCAAAUGCAACGAGCUCAGAAUCAACAGGAUAAUGUUAAUGCUAACAUUGCUCAAAUCAGUAGAUCUAUACAAGAACUUGAAAAUGAAAAAAUUGAACAGCAACGAUUAUUAAGAACAGCUCAACAACAACAACAAAAGAUCGAAGUAGAACAUACUCGAAUAGAAGCUAAAUUGGCGGCACAAGAACGAGAAAAACAACAGUGUGAAAAUGAUAUUCGUCGUCUGAAUCGUGAUGUCGAACAACGACGCAGUACUCUUGACGAAAAACAACAAAGUAUGAGUGCUUUACAAUCACAAAUCGAUCUCAAACAAUGGGAAUUAUCUUUCAGACGACAGCAACGUACAGAGCGUCAACAACAAUUGGCAACUGUACAAACAGCUUUAACUGAUAUUCGCCAAAAGAUGACUGCACUUGAUGCACGUAAGCGUGUACUGGAUCGUGAUAUUCAACAACAAACAGUACGUAAACAGGAAAGUGAACGGCUCGUACAACAAAACGAAAAUGAUUUACGUACUAUUGAGCGAGAUUUAGAACGAGUGACGCGAUCAUUGAAUGACAAACAACGUGUGCGAGAUAAACUUAAUCAAAACUGUGAAAAUUUAGCAUUUCAAGCUAAUAGUCGUCGAGCAGCUCAGAUUGAAAAUGAUCGGCAAUUAGCUGCAGCAAACAAUCGAGUUUUUUCUUGCCGUAAAAACAUCAAGGAAAUCGCACUAAAUAUUGGUGCCGUAGAGAAAGAUAUCAAAUCAAAGCAAGUUAUGUCUUUGCCGUCUAACUCAUAUAUCAACGACAAAAAUAGCCAAGAAGAAGACGAACAACAUUAUAACCAGCGAAAUUAUCAAUACGCUCAGUCAACAGUAAGUUAUCUAUACGAGACUUUUAACUAUCAAAAAAAUCCUUUUUCAUAUUUAGCGCAAAUAAUUAUUUCCACUCGAACAACAUCAAAUAGCAUUUACACAGACAUUGUUUUGAAGUUUAAACUUGAUAUUACUUUUCUAUUGUACACUGUCAUAUUAAUAAAUAAUUUGUAUGACGGUGUGGAUUUUGGCACUAGUAAGGAUGGAUGAGUGUUAAGUGUCACGCACCAAUGCCCAAUUACACUCGCAUCCUUCAGUCAAUUUUGUACGAGUUCGAUAACUGUUUGACUACGUUAUUGCAGUAAUCCCCUUAUAGCUCGAUGGAUAAUUUUAUUCAUACUUGCAUUCUAGAUACUAUUUCAUAAAAGUACACUUGUCUUGCGUGAUUUGAUGAUUAUCAUGAAUGUAAUUUUUGAACAAUGAGUCUAUUCAACAAAAUAAAUGUCAUUGCACCAUGUCUGACGGUAUUCUUUGGCGUGUUGACUCUAUUCACUACAAAUAAAAGACAAUUUUUAUGAACGGUAACUGCAUCUCAUUGUCGAAGCAAAAGUCAACUUAUUCAUAUGACAACUUCUAUUUUAAUCAUGCUGCUGGCAUGCAUAAUAUCUUUGAUGUUAAAGGUACCGAUAUACUAGAAGGCAUGAGUACUUUGUCUGUUUUGUCUUCCAUUGCUAUUAAAUUUCUGCUCUAGUUUUUUUCUGAACUAUAAGAGAACAUCAACAUAGAAAAGAGGCCAUUUUCUUUAGAAGUCUCCUAUUAUCAAAAUACUCCCUAUGAGCGAGUAUGUGAUACUAUGAGGCUUAACAUUUCAAUAAUAAUUGAACUCGUCUAGUUUUAUUUACUGCGAAAAUACUCGACUUCAAUCUCACAAAAUUUAAGAAAAAGCGAAUGUUUUUUUUUGUUCUUAUAAGUACAAUUCCUAGAAAAAUCUAAAAUUAAAACGUUUAAAUUCAUUCAUAUGUACGCUUGAAAAUCUUUUCGCUUGAUAUUUCGGACAAAUUUCAGACUAUUGUAGCAUCAGUGAGCACCUUUUUUUGAGUAUUUAGAACUCUGAGACAUCAGAUUUACAACAUUUCGUUAAAACCGUUGCUUUCAUAAAAAUAUUUCAUCAGUAAGCCAUCUUAAAUUGACCAGAGCUUAGUCAUCGUUUAUAUAGACUAUCUCAUAUAUUGAUAAGCGACUUUAGGCAUAUUGGUUGAAAAUAAUGUUUUGAUUCUAAUGAAUGAAAGAGCAUCAGUCAAUGUGAUCAUGUUUACAAUAUAGAUAAGAAGCUAAUUGUGUGAAAUGAAUUUGACAAAAAAAUUGAGUAUGAGAACUACGCCAGUUGAAUGGAUAUGGUAGUUUAUUCUCACUAGACAUGACCAAGAGAUAAAUAAAUUUGUUAGGAAAGUCUAAAGCUCAGAAAGCAUAGAUGCCACUACCGAAACUGUUCGUGAUAGUGCAACAUCAUGGUUAAUCGAGUUCUCGAACUGCAUUUUUUAUCCUUCUUUUACAUGAAUUAAUAAACUAAAUGAAUGCAUGUUAGACUACAUUAUACACAAUACAUUGCAUCACUUCUACGUAUAUCUUCAAUUCUGCAAAUCGUUUAUACAGUUCCAACAAUUCCUUACUCGAAUAGAAGCUAAAUUGGCGGCACAAGAACGAGAAAAACAACAGUGUGAAAAUGAUAUUCGUCGUCUG